CGAGAUGGUGCUUGGAUGCUUUUUUGUCCAAGGAUUUUCUGGGCUGUGGGAAUAUGGGAAUCAGAGAGGGUUUGUGUGCAGGGGAUGCUGAUGCUGAGUGCUGAUGAUUGUUUCUCUGCCCUCUGCCUACCUCAGCCCUUGCAGCGUUAGCAUUUCUGUGCUUUUUGUGGUGCACACGAAGCCAGCAGCUGCCCGGAUGUGUUGGGCCAAGCUGGGAUGAGACUGGAGGUGCCGUUUUGCUGGGUUAGCAUUCUGCUGCUUUUCAGCCCUUGUGUUUGAGCAUCUCUAAUCCAGGCGGCUUAUGGAGCUGCUGGGCCAUCAUUUCUCUUUGCGGGGUGUUUACCUCUGCCCCGGGCUGUCAGCUGACAGUGCAGGGUGAGUGUGUGUUGCCAUUCACAGUGGCUCUGCUCAGCCUCAGCCACACUGCUGCAAUGCCAUGUGGGGCACGGGGCUGUCAGCAUCAGCUAAGCACUGGCCAAGUGCAGCUGCGAUGGACCGCUUGAACGCUCAAGGCUAUGAGUAGUGUAGCACAGAGCAGUGCCCUCAUACCCUCCUUGUUCCCUGGGAGGGGGAUGCAGGCCUGUUGCUGUGGGGCAAAUGUAUGUGACAGCACCCCACCUCUCCUCAGAGCAGUUCUGUAGUGAUUUUUGUGACCAGGGCUUCAGGCGUUUGCUGCUGCUUGGUCGUGGGUGAAAGGGAACUGACUGUUUUUUUCUCCUUCCUACUCUAUCAUGUGGGAGAGAUGCUAAGGGUAGCUGUGAUUCUGGCAGGUUGCUUCCUGCUACCCUCCCAGGCCACCUUGCAAGUGCUGUGGUGGGGUAUAUAUAACAGCAGUCACUUAUCAAUCUAAGUCCACGCCACUGGGCUGCUGUGGACCUGCAAGUCCACAGAAUGAGCAGGACUUCGCUUGUAAAUCAUACUGUAGGAGACACUGAAGUUGGAAAACAGUGGCACAAAUGAAAGCAGAUGGAGGUACUUGGUGUCCCCCUUGCCUCAAUCAGCAGUCAGUGUUUGCUGGUGGCUGCCAACCAGCCCCACUCCUGGGAUUGGUCUUUGGCCCUUGGACAGUGCGGAGUAGGACGGCGUGGGCCUUAUCAAGAUCUGAGAAGAGACCAACUGUCUCACCAUGGUUUCAGAAGGAGCUGCACGUUCACCUGUCCAGAAGGUCUUCUGUUGAUUCAAAUGAUAACGUGAGUACAUCUGGUGUGGAGACACAUACCGUUGCCUCUGGCCGCUCUGUUCCUAACGUCAGUGAAAUUCAAAACCGCAUUAAGGAGAUUUUGAGCAAGUACAGAAAUGGUGUUUGGAUGUCGAAGAUAGCACAGAUUUAUGAGGAAACAUACAGGGAAGAGCUUGGUACAACAGUGCUCCAUCAGCUUGAGCACUGGCCUCAUGUGUGCACUGUGGAGAAAGUAUGCACAGGUGAUCAGACAUAUGGAAUUCUUUAUCCUACUAAAAGAAUACCACCAGCAGUGAAAAGCAAUACAGAGCAAGACAAGGCACCUCAGAAUGUUACGGCUUCAAAAGUAGGCCCACUGUUGAAGACAAGCGUGGAGGCUGAGUCUGCUUCAUGUAGUAGUGACUUCAAGCAAGAUGUUGUUAAUAUCUUGGUGAAAUAUCCCAGUGGUCUCUGGGCUGAUGCACUUCCCAAAUUGUACCAAGACACUUACCAACGAAAAUUUCCAGAAGGCAUUCUAAAUAAUCUGCAGUUGCUCUCAGAUAUAUGUGUAGUGGACUUUGUAUCUAAUGCCCCUCAAAAGGCCAUCCUCUAUGUGAAAACCCAAAGCUGCACUGAUGAGAAUCUGAAUGUCGCUGAGAAAAUCCAGAUCCCUGAUGGUGUGAAGGCCACAGCUGAACAACAGCACGAGGAGUCCAAGGACCAAUAUCCAGAAAGUGUAUCAUCUGUUCCUCCUUUGAUUAUACCAUCAGAAGGACCUGUGUCCGUCUUGGUGAUAGAAGCAAACAACACUAAUGAACUUAUCAUUAGGUAUGUGGGCAAAGAUUAUUCUGGCGCUCAGGAACAAAUGGAAGAUAAAAUGAAAGCAUACUAUAGUAAGAACUCCAGUGCAUCACAGGUUACUUGUCCAAGCGUUGGGCAACUUGUAGCUGUGCACACUGAAGAAGCCUGGCUCCGUGCUCAAAUAGUUUCUGUGGAGGACAAAAGAUUAAAGGUGUACUAUGUUGACCAUGGCUUCAGUGAGAUUAUUGAAAGCAACAGGACGUACAAACUUCACAAACAGUUCUGCUCACUUCCAUUUCAAGUUGCAAAGUGUAAACUGGCAGGGCUGGAAGUAUUUUGUGAUGAUCCUCUCCUAGUAAAGGCUGUAGAAUUGCAGACAUACUGCAAAAUAUUUGCUGUGGAAAUACUGGAAAGGAGUGAUAUUCCUCUCUUUGUUCUGUAUGACACUUCUGGAGAAGAUGAUAUCAACAUCAAUGCGACUUGUCUGAAGGCUUUGUAUGACAAGUCUUUUGAACUGAACCUACAGGUAGAUACACUAUAUACCAAUGUCAGAGUAACCAGUAUUCUCUCAGAUGGAAACCUGUAUUGUCAGCUGCCAUCUGAAGGCUUGUCUAAGCUUUCUGAAGUCUUGCAGAAGAUAGAAGACUAUUUUCUUCACAAGGAGGCAUCUGAGUUUAAUGUGUCACAACCUUUCUGUGGGAAGAUCUGCUUGUUUCAUUGCAAAGGAAAAUGGACACGAGUAGAGAUAACAAUAAUUCAAAGUAGACGGGCGCUUGGAGUUCGCUUCAUGGAUACUGGAACAGUAGCUUAUGUAAAAGUAUCAGACCUUAGAGAAAUCCCAUCACAGUUCCUGAGAGAAGUAAUCAAAAUCCCUCCCCAGGCUGUAAAAUGCUGCUUAGCAGAUCUGCCUCCUGAUGCUGGCAUGUGGACUCCUGAGGCUGUGCUGUGGCUGAGAGACAAUGUAAUGGAUUAUCCUGAAUUCAGCAUGCAGGUGGUUAAGCAGGAUGGUUCAAAGGGAAUCGCACACAUCUACUUGUUUGCUCCGGAGGAUUUCCCAAACAUGGAUCGUAGCAUCAAUCGUCGGAUUGUAAAUGCAGACUUGUGGAAGCAUCAGAAAGAUGUUUUCCUGAGCGUCACCCCCACGGGGGCCGGCUCCACCAAAGUGACAGGUGACGCAGCUCUGCAGUUAAAUCAGGGCAGGCUGGAGAGGAGGGAUUCUCUGGAGCCUGCAGCAGAGCCCAGAGAUGCAGAGUCUGGCACUGAGAUGCCACCGCCUCUACCCUUGUCAGAGGUGGGAGGGUUCAUGGAUGUCUAUGUGUCAGUAGCCUGCCACCCAGGUCACUUCAUUGUCCAGCCUUGGAAAGAGAUACACAAUCUGGAGGUCCUGAUGGAGGAAAUGAUCCUGUACUACAGCAUGGCAGAGGAGAGACCGGUGAACAUCGCAACAAACAAGUUAUAUGCAGCCAAGAUUGAAAAUCGGUGGUACAGAGUGAUAGUAAAAGGGAUUCUUAGAAAAGGCUUUUUGUCAGUGUAUGUGCUGGACUAUGGUAAACAUGAGGUUAUCAGCAUAGAUAAAGUACAGCCACUCCUGGAUAAAUUCAGGAAGCUUCCUUUCCAGGCUAUAAAAGCUCAGCUUGCAGGAGUGAAAAGCCAGCAGUGGUCGGAAGAGGCAUCGAUAAUAUUUCGGAAUCGCGUGGAGAAGAAACCCUUGGUGGCACAGAUACAGGCCAUCAAUGAGAGCACUAAUUCCUGGGACCGGAGAAUAGUCACUUACUUAGUGGACACGUCUCUUCCAGACACCGACAUAUGGAUUCAUGACUUUGUGUCUCAGAGUCUUGCAGAACUUUCAGGAGCAGAAUAAUUGCCACUUCUGAAAUGUAGCAGCUCGGUUGCUGUAGCAAUAAAACAAGUAACGGAUUUCAAAGAGGAAUUUAACUGUUCUUGCAUUGCCUUGAAGAGAAUAAGGGGAUAAACUUCAAAAACACGUGUUCUGUGAAAAAGAUUUGCUUAACAAGUUUGCUUUCUGUUGACUUCAGUUGACUUUAUGAAGUUUUGCACUUUGUUUGCUACUGCAAUACUAGAAUGUUUGGGUGGAAAUACUAAAUAAAAAGUUAUUUAUCAAUAAAACAGUGCUGAACCGA